UAUUACAAAAUGUGUAUGAAAAGAUAUCCGGGUCGAUCCUUUCAAAAUUUGAGAGAAAGAAUGAAGUACCGGCUUGCUUCCGUCUUUCUCCGUUCCAUACAAUCUAAAUCAUCAAUCACAACUCGUUGGUCCAAUUUGCUAAUGUGCAACGUUAAUUGUCUAGUUAAAGUAGUUAUUUGAAUUAGAAUUACAAUCGACAUAUCGUGUAACGAGCAUGCUUUUUUAUGGGGGUUCGAUGGAGCAGCAAAUGUAUGGGGUUCCACGUUACGUGUCAAUGACAAGUCAUUUUCGCUUUACGACGAAAUACUGACUAACCACAUUUAUCAUCUCUUCAAAUUCGGGAAUCUGAAUACACAAACAUGACUUGGUACUUCUUUGAAAGAAGUACUCAUUCGAUUAAAUAUGUAGAUAAUUCCUAUUCCCUACCGAUUACGAUGGAAAAUAUAACCUACAAUUCGUAAAAUCAAUCGUUUUUAAAUUCAAAUUUUCUUCUUACAGUAAUCUAGCAUUUUACAGGUGGACUAAAGAAGCGAGACGUAAAAUGAUAAAGCGAAAUCGUGGCACCGUUGACCAGCCGGCCGGUUGACGAUAAUCCGUUCGACACUUGUUCGGACCGAUCAUAGAUUGUUCGAUACGGGUGUGUGAACACAUACACAUACUCGUAUUACGCACAAGUACUCCCCGAUGAUCUUAUAAAAGCCGCUGCAUACUCGGGGACCAGUAACUUGCCGUUAGCAACAGCUACAUUAAACGUGUCGAAUUUUGUUCAUUCGUGUGCACAGAAGAAUACCUAACUCGAAGAUGGUGCAGAUCGUAGGAAAGUACCAACACGUCUCCAACGAGAACUUCGAAGAGUUUUUGAAAGCCUCUGGCCAUCCCGAUCUGGCUGGACCAAUACUACAAUCGAAACCAGUCGUUGAAAUCACGAACAACGGUGAUCAAUGGAAUAUCGUUGUUAUGUCUGAUAGCAAGAGUAGCACGUCUUCGUUCAAACUGAACGAACCGUUCGAGGAGAAAUUACCCGCUUUCGAUCGCAAAUUCCAGAGUGUAGCUGUGUUGGAAGGCAACGCUUUCAAAGUGACAACAGAUGCCGGUGAUGGCACCAAAAUUAUACGCGUCUACGAAUUCACCGACUCUGGAAUGAAAGUUCACUUGUCUACGACUAAAAACGACAUCAAGGCAGUACGUACAUACAAGAGGCUUUAAACAUGAAGGCAAUUAGAUAAACAAUUAGCAUCUUCUUCCUAUAUUAAUUAAAAAUAAAAAUCUUUUUUACAACUA